GAUUAGGUUAGAAAUUUAGCAUCAACGGAAUAUUGUAAAUAUUGUAAUUUUUCGUCAUGGAUUAUUUUCUAUGCUAUUAAAAACAGUUUAAAACUAUCAUGUUAGUAAUUAUAUAUAUGAUUGAAUUACGAAUUACUAUUUAUUCUUUAUUUAAAAUUAAUUAAAAGAACAAAAUGAGUAGAGAAGUUUUGCAACUGUAUAAAAAUUUACUGCGUUACAGGCAAAACUUGAAGUAUACUGAUAAAGAUUAUUUUACAUCUCGAAUUAAAAAAAUUUUUCGACAAAAUCAAUGUCUAGGUGAUGAAAAAAUUGUCAAGUUUCAAAUUCAGAAAGGACACGCUUUUUUAAAAAAUAAGAGAGUCGUGUAAAAAAAAAUGUUUUUGAAACUAUUAGAUCUAGGAAAAAUUGUAUCACGCAAUUUAAUAUUAUCAAAUGAAUUUUUAGUACAUUAUCCAAAAUAUGUGAAUUUCAUUCAAUAUCGUUUUAAAUCUUUUAAAAAAUCAUUGGAUUAUU